AUGUCUACUACAACAUCGACAGAGAAAAGAGGUCAAUGCUGCACACAGACGACUUGCAUCGACGAGUCCCUUAUCUUACCAAUUGGCAGUUCAGACGUCAAAGACAAUGACGCCAAGAGUCUUAAAGACAUGAAUAUCUCCGAGAUAAAAACCCCCAAAAACGGAGGCAAGUGGGCGACAAAGACGGUCACGAUUACCGCCUUAACUUUAGGUCUUUGCCUGGUAUCCUUUGCAGCAGCGGUGGACAACACGAUCCUCGAUGUCCAACAAAGAUCCGAUCUGACGCCGAUACGCAUACACAUAGGAACGGCCAUACCGCGCAUAACGACAGAGUUCGGCUCGCUUCAAGAUGCCGGACUUUAUCGUAGCGCAUCUCUAGUCGCUUCGACGGCGCUUCAAUUACCGUACGGCAAAGCAUACGCCCAAUUCAAUGUCAAGUGGAUCUAUCUCGGUAGCCUGGUCGUCUUCGAAGCAGGGUCUGUCCUCUGUGCCGUUGCUCCCAACUCGGGGACCCUCAUCGCCGGACGUGUUAUCUCGGGCGUGGGUGCGGCGGCGCUUUAUUCAGGCGCCAUCAACAUGGUUGCGAUGACGGUAAGCCCGCAUAGGGCCCCGGCACUUUUUGUUAUUGUAUCUGGUAUGGUCGGUCUGGCGUCUCUGGUCGGUCCGCCCUUGGGGGGUGCCUUCACCGACGCACCGAAACUGACUUGGCGAUGGUGCUUCUGGAUAAACGUGCCGCUGGGCGGCGUCGCCGCCAUAUUCAUUUUGGCCGUUUUUCGACCUCCUCAACGGCAGUCGUUGCUUCCGGCUCAGGCAGACACAGAAAUGCAAACAGUUGGCGAUGCACAUGAAGGAGUUGAAGGCAAACGCCCACCAACAAGUGCCCCUCCUCGCUCAUUAAACAACCGGGGUUUGACAGCAGCCUCAGCCGCAGUCCUUCCCAUUAUAAAGCGAAUACAGAAGAUGGAUCCGUUGGGCACCGCUCUCCUUGUGCCGGCCAUGGUCAGCCUGCUUCUGGCCCUCCAAUGGGGCGGGACAAAAUACAACUGGUCGGACGGGCGGGUCUGGGGCUGCCUGGUCUGUUCGGGCGUUCUCACAGCCGCCUUCGUCAUCUCAUUGCGAUUCAACGGCGAUGACGCCAUGAUCCCUCCCCGUCUUCUCCGCGAUCGCGCGGUCGUGGGCGGCAUGCUGCUAAUAACUUGGCUUUCGGCGGCCAUGUUCACCCACGUCUUCUUCCUGCCAUUCUACUUCCAAGUCGUUCAGGGCAUGAGCGCCACGGCCUCGGGCCUUCGCACCCUUGCCUAUGUUGGGGCUAUGGCCUUGGCCGGGGUGGGCGCCGGCGGCGCCAUGUCUUCCCGGAGCAGCGACCGCGAUGUCGGCUUGUCAGACCAUAGGCCGUAUGCCUGGGUCGGCGCCGGCCUCUUUGUGAUCGGCGCGGGCUUGAUGCACAUGCUGACCGUCAGCUCGGGAUUGGGCAUGGUGGUGGGCUUUCAGUUGCUGUCAGGUGCCGCGCUGGGUGUCGUCUGGCAGGUUCCCUAUGUCGCCGUUCAGCGGUCAGAGAAAAUCGGCAAGCGACCGGAUGACCGUGCCAUUGCGAACGCGCUCAUUGCCUUCUCAAACUCCCUGGGUGCGGCGCUAGGCAUCUCUAUCGCGCAGACCAUAUUUGCAACAACACUCGCUCAGGGGCUUGCGGACCUCCCGGGGUUAGAUCCCAGCCAUGCGGAUGCUCUGGCAAAGGCCGGCCAGGCUGCCCAACUGGGUUUUCUUUCCCCAGAGCUUCUUGAUGCUGUGUUGCAAAUCUUUAACCACGCCAUUACAUCCACCUUUACUUUUGCUGCGACUGCUGCAGGAGUUGCCUUCUUAUGUUGUUUUAUAUUCCCUUAG